AUGGCGGUGAGGAUACAGGCUAUCCGACAAGACUUUGAAACCCUCCAGAUGAGAGAUGAUGAAGGGGUUCAAGAGUACAUCUCGCGGGUGGUCACCGUUACAAAUCAGAUAAAGGCUCUCUGUUACAAGCUUAAAGAACCGGAGAAGGUGUCUAAAGUGUUUCGAAGUUUAGCUUCGAAGUUUGACUGGGUAGCUAUGGCGAUUGAAGAGUCAAAGGAGAUCUUAAAACUUAACAUUGAUGAUCUCUGCGGCACUCUUCAAGCCCAUGAAGUGAGAGUUAACCGUUCAGCAAUGAAGACUGGUGAGAAGGCACUAAUGGCAAGAGGUGAGCCCUCAAGCACAGGACAGAACAAAGGAUGUAGCUCUGGUGUCUCUUGGGGUGAAAGUAAAGGUCGAGGGAGAUCUUACUUGCGAGGGAGAGGAAGAAGCAGUCAUGGCCGAGGAAGAGGAGGAGAGAGGAACUGA